AUGCCCGAUUACCGACGAACCACAACAUCGGCUACUCUUCUCUCUAUCUCCACGGAUGCAAGGGACACAACUUUGUAUCUAGAAGUCGCAUGGCUUAAGACUUUGAAAUGUUUGCGAGUGAAGAGGAACCAUUUCAUAGAUCACGAUCUGGAGCGACUUAGACCCAUUCGGCAAAUCAAUGCUCACCACCCCCGGUAUUGGGGGAUGAUCACUUAUAGGGGCGUAGGGCCAUCGGUUGCCCCAUACAAUGCCGGUGAGGCCGAAGGCGAGCUUCCACGGGAAAGCUAG